CAAUGUAGGCCAGGGCCGCGCGGGCGGGGCCGGGGCGAUGGGGAAUCUGUUCGGGCGCAAGCGGCGGAGCCGGGUCACCGAGCAAGAUAAGGCCGUGCUGCAACUGAAACAGCAGCGGGACAAACUAAAGCAAUAUCAGAAAAGGAUAUCGCUGCAGCUGGAGCGGGAGAGGGCUUUUGCUCGGCAACUAUUAAAAGAUGGCAAGAAAGAGAAAGCAAAGUUUCUGCUGAAGAAAAAACGGUAUCAAGAGCAACUGCUGGACAAGACAGAAAACCAAAUUAGCAACCUGGAACGCAUGGUCCAGGAUAUUGAAUUCACACAAAUUGAGAUGAAAGUGAUUGAGGGCCUCAAAAUUGGUAAUGAGUGUUUAAAUAAGAUGCACCAGGUUAUGUCAAUAGAAGAAGUGGAAAGGAUCAUGGAUGAAACCCAGGAAUCUGUGGAAUACCAGAGGCAAAUAGAUGAAAUACUGGCUGGCAGCUUCACUGUAGAAGACGAAGAUGCCAUUUUAGCAGAAUUAGAUGCCAUCACUCAGGAACAGAUAGAUCUUCCAGAGGUUCCAUCAGAGCCUCUCCCGGAAAAGAUUCCAGAAACGUCGCCAGUCAGUGUCAAACCAAAGCCAGAAUUGGUGGCUGCAUCUUAACUCCAUCUCCUGGGGGAUCCCUGCAGGCUAUCCUGGACUCCCAGCAUGCUUAGGGUGCAAGAGGCUUCCGUGGUGUCCCAUUGGCUCUGAACAGCCACGCUGGAGCAGGUUUCCUGCACAGAAUGGAAGCUGUAAACUGGUUAAUAUCCCAUAUCAAGAUUAUUUUGUAGUGUGCACACUCCUUUUUUGUAACAUAAACUGGAUUAAAUGGUGACUCUCAAAACCCUUCAAGCCAAAUGCUUUCUACAGACCUGAUGUCGGCUGCAGACCUGCCUCAGACACCAGCACAGCCUCUUGCUAACUCUGCCUAAGUCCCAUGGUGCCCUUUUGAGCUUGUGGGCGCUGUGAAAAGUCACGAGCUUUCUGCUACCGUGCGGGAAAAAUUGCUGGGAACCCUCUUGGCCUUCCUCUUCACUUGCCUCUCUUCAGUUCUCUGGCUUUUUCGAAUGGGUUCUCUCGCUCUCUUUUUGUUGUUGUUGAAAGAAUGGAAUUUAUGGAACUUUGGCCUGUACCUGAAUUAGACCUUGUUAGCUUGAUGCUGAGAUGGGAGCAUCACUUCCAAUGGUAGCAACAAUUGCUUGUGCUGACGUGGUAGUGGAAAUACAAGAAGAUUAUCCCGUG